GGCCACCAGACAUCACCGAACUCAGCGCUUGUCUCCUGCAGCACUUCCGUGGCUCGCUGAACGGCUGCCACUGGCGCCCCCAAGCGCCAGCGCGUCCCAGUCGUUCCCGGAGCAGCCUUCGACCUUCGGCGGAAGGGAAUUGGACCUGGAGAGACCCGGGGGCUGACAGGAAUGGCUUCUCUUGUAAUUCCCAGGGGCUAGAAGGCAGGAAGCCAAGGAAGACAGGAUCUCAAAGGCUCCCUGCCCCGGUUCAUUCCUAUCUGGGAUUUUCUUUUCGCAAAAAGAGCAGUUGCCUGGCAUGGUGAAGAUGCUCAAUCGAGCUGUGAGGUCCAAACCCUUGGAGCGUACCCAGAGCAUCCCCUUCUUCCCAGUCCCUCAGAGACAUAGACAUAUUCUACGAGUGCGGCGGGGCCCGGGGUUCCGAAGGAGGAGACUAAAAAGACCCAAAUCGAACAGGCUCAUCUUUUCCCCUCUUUGGUCUGCCCUUUUCCUUCCAGACCCUCUCUCCGGAUCAUUGGCCACCCCCUGGCGCACCUAUGUGGCUCCAGCUUCACAGACUCCCUGGGAGGCACAGUCUAAAACCAAACGUGAGCGCACAAAGAACACAAUACUAAUGAGCAGAUGCGCAGAUGCUCACUUCUCUAAAGCUUCCAUAGGGCUUUUCCAGCUCUCCUCGCGGAGUCAGGGGCUGAAGAUGGGUGGGAAGAUCUAAGAAAGGGUGGCAGCGAUCAAGUGGUGGCAGCUUGCCCCACUCUGUUUCCACCUUUGCCCUCUGCCUGUUUCCAAAGACCCCUCCAACCGCUGGAGUUGUUGUCAGGAAUUAGGAUCCCCUAUGUUCCAUUCACCUCAUGGAAAAGCUAGAUCCCCCUUUUCCAGUAGUUGUGGGUGGAGACAGAGCGGGAGGAUGAGGAGGAGGAAAAGCUGGAGUGAAAGCCGCAGAAGGAGAAGCAGCACGCAGAGAGGAGGGGGGCGGAAGCGGUGGAGAGUGAGAGAAAAGUUUUCACUCUUUGUCACUCUUGAAUUGGGGGCGGAGGUAAAAAAAAAAAAAAAAAAAAAAAAAGGCCUCACUGUGGGAAGCUAUAAAAAGCAAAGAGGACAGGGGAGAGAGCAGAGAGAGAGAAAGCGGGAGCCCGCGGCGAGCGUAGCGCAAGUCCGCUCCCUAGGCAUCGCUGCGCUGGCAGCGGUGUGCUGUCUCUUGUGAGUCAGGGGACAACGCUUCGGGGCAACUGUGAGUGCGCGUGUGGGGGACCUCGGUUCUCUUCAGAUCUCGAGGAUUCGGUCCGGGGACGUCUCCUGAUCCCCUACUAAAGCGCCUGCUAACUUUGAAAAGGAGCACUGUGUCCUGCAAAGUUUGACACAUAAAGGAUAGGAAAAGAGAGGAGAGAAAAGCAACUGAGUUGAAGGAGAAGGAGCUGGUGCGGGCCUCCUGAUCAAUUAAGAGGAGAGUUAAACCGCCGAGAUCCCGGCGGGACCAAGGAGGUGCGGGGCAAGAAGCAACGGAAGCGGUGCGAGCCACAGGGCUGGGUUUUCUUGCACCUUGGGUCACGCCUCCUUGGCGAGAAAGCGCCUCGCCUUUGAUUGCUUCCAGUUAUUGCAGAACUUCCUGUCCUGGUGGAGAAGCGGGUCUCGCUUGGGUUCCGCUAAUUUCUGUCCUGAGGCGUGAGACUGAGUUCAUAGGGUCCUGGGUCCGCGAACCAGGAAGGGUUGAGGGCACACAAUCUGCAAGCCCCCGCACCCCAAGUGAGGGGCCCCUGUUGGGGUCCUCCCUCCCUUUGCAUUCCCACCCCUCCGGGCUUUCCAUCUUCCUGGGGACCCCCUCGCCGGGAGAUGGCCGCGUUGAUGCGGUGCAAGGAUUCGUCCUGCUGCCUGCUCCUACUGGCCACGGUGCUGAUGGUGGAGAGCUCACAGAUCGGCAGUUCGCGGGCCAAACUCAACUCCAUCAAGUCCUCUCUGGGCGGGGAGACGCCUGCUCAGGCCGCCAAUCGAUCUGCGGGCAUAUACCAAGGACUGGCAUUCGGCGGCAGUAAGAAGGGCAAAAACCUGGGGCAGGCCUACCCUUGUAGCAGUGAUAAGGAGUGUGAAGUUGGGAGGUAUUGCCACAGUCCCCACCAAGGAUCAUCGGCCUGCAUGGUGUGUCGGAGAAAAAAGAAGCGCUGCCACCGAGAUGGCAUGUGCUGCCCCGGUACCCGGUGCAAUAAUGGCAUCUGUAUCCCAGUUACUGAAAGCAUCUUAACCCCUCACAUCCCGGCUCUGGAUGGUACUCGGCACAGAGAUCGAAACCACGGUCAUUACUCAAACCAUGACUUGGGAUGGCAGAAUCUAGGAAGACCACACACUAAGAUGUCACAUAUAAAAGGGCAUGAAGGAGACCCCUGCCUACGAUCAUCAGACUGCAUUGAAGGGUUUUGCUGUGCUCGUCAUUUCUGGACCAAAAUCUGCAAACCAGUGCUCCAUCAGGGGGAAGUCUGUACCAAACAACGCAAGAAGGGUUCUCAUGGGCUGGAAAUUUUCCAGCGUUGCGACUGUGCGAAGGGCCUGUCUUGCAAAGUAUGGAAAGAUGCCACCUACUCCUCCAAAGCCAGACUCCAUGUGUGUCAGAAAAUUUGAUCACCAUUGAGGAACAUCAUCAAUUGCAGACUGUGAAUUUGUGUAUUUAAUGCAUUAUAGCAUGGUGGAAAAUAAGGUUCAGAUGCAGAAGAAUGGCUAAAAUAAGAAACGUGAUAAGAAUAUAGAUGAUCACAAAAAGGGAGAAAGAAAACAUGAACUGAAUAGAUUAGAAUGGGUGACAAAUGCAGUGCAGCCAGUGUUUCCAUUAUGCAACUUGUCUAUGUAAAUAAUGUACACAUUUGUGGAAAAUGCUAUUAUUAAGAGAAAAAGCACACAGUGGAAAUUACUGAUGAGUAGCAUGUGACUUUCCAAGAGUUUAGGUUGUGCUGGAGGAGAGGUUUCCUUCAGAUUGCUGAUUGCUUAUACAAAUAACCUACAUGCCAGAUUUCUAUUCAACGUUAGAGUUUAACAAAAUACUCCUAGAAUAACUUGUUAUACAAUAGGUUCUAAAAAUAAAAUUGCUAAACAAGAAAUGAAAACAUGGAGCAUAGUUAAUUUACAACAGAAAAUUACCUUUUAAUUUGUAACACUACUUCUGCUGUUCAAUCAAGAGUCUUGGUAGAUAAGAAAAAAAUCAGUCAAUAUUUCCAAAUAAUUGCAAAAUAAUGGCCAGUUGUUUAGCAAGGCCUUUAGGAAGACAAAUAAAUAACAAACAAACAGCCACAAAAACUUUUUUUCAAAAUUUUAGUUUUACCUGUAAUUAAUAAGAACUGAUACAAGACAAAAACAGUUCCUUCAGAUUCUACGGAAUGACAGUGUAUCUCUCUUUAUCCUAUGUGAUUCCUGCUCUGAAUGCAUUAUAUUUUCCAAACCAUACCCAUAAGUUGUGACUAGUAAAAUACUUGCACAGAGCAGAAUUUUCACAGAUGGCAAAAAAAUUUAAAGAUGUCCAAUAUAUGUGGGAAAAGAGCUAACAGAGAGAUCAUUAUUUCUUAAAGAUUGGCCAUAACCUAUGUUUUGAUAGAAUUAGAUUGGUAAAUACAUGUAUUCAUACAUACUCUGUGGUAAUAGAGACUUGAGCUGGAUCUGUACUGCACUGGAGUAAGCAAGAAAAUUGGGAAAACUUUUUCGUUUGUUCAGGUUUUGGCAACACAUAGAUCAUAUGUCUGAGGCACAAGUUGGCUGUUCGUGUUUGAAACCAGGGGAUGCACAGUCUAAAUGAAGAUCUGCAUGGGAUUUGCUAUCAUAAUAUUUACUAUGCAAAUGAAUUCAGUGUGAGGUCCUGUGUCUGUACUAUCCUCAAAUUAUUUAUUUUGUAGUGCUGAGAUCCUCAAAUAAUCUCAAUUUCAGGAGGUUUCACAAAAUGGACUCCUGAAGUAGACAGAGUAGUGAGGUUUCAUUGCCCUCUAUAAGCUUCUGACUAGCCAAUGGCAUCAUCCAAUUUUCUUCCCAAACCUCUGCAGCAUCUGCUUUAUUGCCAAAGGGCUAGUUUCUGUUUUCUGCAGCCAUUGCGGUUAAAAAAUAUAAGUAGGAUAACUUGUAAAACCUGCAUAUUGCUAAUCUAUAGACACCACAGUUUCUAAAUUCUUUGAAACCACUUUACUACUUUUUUAAAACUUAACUCAGUUCUAAAUACUUUGUCUGGAGCACAAAACAAUAAAAGGUUAUCUUAUAGUCGUGACUUUAAACUUUUGUAGACCACAAUUCACUUUUUAGUUUUCUUUUACUUAAAUCCCAUCUGCAGUCUCAAAUUUAAGUUCUCCCAGUAGAGAUUGAGUUUGAGCCUGUAUAUCUAUUAAAAAUUUCAACUUCCCACAUACAUUUACUAAGAUGAUUAAGACUUACAUUUUCUGCACAGGUCUGCAAAAACAAAAAUUAUAAACUAGUCCAUCCAAGAACCAAAGUUUGUAUAAACAGGUUGCUAUAAGCUUGGUGAAAUGAAAAUGGAACAUUUCAAUCAAACAUUUCCUAUAUAACAAUUAUUAUAUUUACAAUUUGGUUUCUGCAAUAUUUUUCUUAUGUCCACCCUUUAAAAAAUUAUUAUUUGAAGUAAUUUAUUUACAGGAAAUGUUAAUGAGAUGUAUUUUCUUAUAGAGAUAUUUCUUACAGAAAGCUUUGUAGCAGAAUAUAUUUGCAGCUAUUGACUUUGUAAUUUAGGAAAAAUGUAUAAUAAGAUAAAAUCUAUUAAAUUUUUCUCCUCUAAAAACUGAA